AUGACUUCCGACUCAUUUCCUCCUCUUGGAUCACAACGGCAGCUUGCUCCCCCAAGCGUUGUUCCUUACCAAAUGGAGUCGCGACGUCAACCUGGUCCUCAAGCCCCCACCUUCGAUUAUGCGCGUCAUGGCACUCCCCGGGAGUAUCAAGAGCGCGCAAGAGGCAACCGUCGAGGUGCCCAUUACUUUGGUCCUCAUCCACAACAAGCACAGCAGAACCCACAGCAGUGGUCUCAACCUACCAAUCCGGCGCAGUUCAAUCCCAACGUGCGACCUCCGCAACGCCAUGGUCAGCUCUCCAACCCCAAUGGUGGCAUGCAUUAUGGGAACGUCCAGCAGCAACGAGCUAUGCGACAUCUCAUCAUGAAGCAGUCUGACUAUCUCACUGGCAUCGGCCGACAGGCUUAUGAUGAGUUUCGGUUCACCCAGCAGGAACGAGACGUCAAGGAGAAUUUUCGACUCGCCUUGGAGGAGGUGGCCAGGAAUGCGGUUGGUGCCAAGUACCCUGAUCUGCAGCUCGACCAAGUCAAAUUGAAGUGCUACGGUAGUCUUGCCAAUGGUUUUGCGCUGAAAGACUGCGACAUGGAUCUCCUCCUCUCCUUGCCUGAUUACGAGGUAACUGAGGUCAAGAAGCGAGAACCUACUCCUCCACCUGAGGGUGAUGACACCGCUGUAGCGAGCCAUUGGAAAGAACAAAAUGAUUUCAAGGCUGAUGUUCAGCGCAUCUUGGAGAAAGCCUUUCUCGACCACGAGUACGGUGCUCGGCUCCUUACUCAAACUCGUGUCCCAAUCCUUCGCAUUUGCCAGCGUCCAACACCAGAAUUGCUCGAGAACCUGCGCAAAGAACGUGCCGAGUGGGAGAAGACUCUUGACCAUACUGGUGCGCCCCAAGAGGACGUUCAAGAAUCCGAAGUCACCCCGGCAGACCUCGACGCCGUCGAGCAAGCUGUCACAGAAAUCUCCCUGAGCACAAAGGCAGCACCUGCGAAGCGACGCAACCGUGGCAAUGCGGGUCUAGAGUUCACCGAUGACUGUGGCAUCCAGUGUGACAUUAACUUCUCCAACUUCGUUGCUCUCCAUAACUCGACCCUGCUUCGGAUUUACCACAGCUUCGAUCCCCGUGUGAAGGAAAUUGGGGUUUUCGUCAAGAUCUGGGCCAAGCUCCGGGAUAUCAACACACCAUAUCGUGGCACAUUGUCUAGCUACGGCUGGAUACUGAUGGUGCUGCACUACCUGAUGAAUGUCGUCAGUCCACCGGUUAUCCCCAAUCUACAGCAUCUAGCGAAGAUCGAAGACUCUUGGAACCCAGGCAGACAAAUCGAGUUGUUCGAGGGCUUUGACGUUCGUUUUGUCCAAGAUCAUCAAGGUCUCCAGGAUAUCCAGCGGCAAAUGGCGGCCAAUAAAAACCGUGACUCGGCCGGGCAGUUGCUGAGAGGCUUUUUUCAGUAUUAUGGAACCAACCAAGGAUUCCACUGGGGUCGGGAUGUCAUUUCUAUCAGAAUCAAAGGCGGAAUCCUCACCAAGCAAGCCAAAGGCUGGACCGAGGCCAGAUGGCAACAAAGUCAGAACAAAUCAGUCCGCAAUCGAUACCUGCUCGCCAUUGAGGACCCUUUCGAAGUUGACCACAACAUCGCCCGCACUGUCGGUCACCACGGUAUUGUGGCAAUUCGCGAGGAGUUCCGUCGCGCGUGCACCAUCAUUGACAAGAUUGGGACGGACGAGGAGCUUCCAGCUGAAAAAUUCCUCAGUCCUGUCACAGACCGCGUCGAUACCCUGAGAAAGGACUUGGACUAUUUCAAACAGCGACAAGUGCGAAUGAGGCAAGAAGCGGAGGCCAAGGAAACGGCGCUGCUCGAACAGCGAACCGCUGAGGACGCCGAGCUGCCGGCAACUGAUGGUACGUGGGGAAGAUCCAAGCAGGGCAAAGCUCACAACGAUUCCCCUUCCAAGAGCGGAGGCGAAUUGUCCGAGUCCAAGCUGACCUCGACACCACCGGUGCAGGAGCAGAAGCAGUUGAAGACCUUCAGAAAUUGGCGACGGAGGAAAGUCUCAGCUGACGCUGACGACGACGACGACAACCCGAUCAGCCAAACAAGCGAGACUAGCCCACCGAGUGCUGAGACUCCCAAGACACAAGCCAAAGACGAAACGAAGAAGCGAAAUCAGGGACUUACGUCCAGAGCAGAAGUCCAUCUCGCCAACGGCUUCGACCGCGACGGAAACCCCGUUGCUUGGGAUAUCGAGACGCAAGACGGUCGGUGGCUACAUUGGAGAGACCAGAAGGUGAAGAAUGGCACCCUAGGCACAUUUUUCAAAGACUCUUAUCGCGAAUUGAACGAGCAGUGUCCUUAUGAUAGCAGGCGACCCCGGCCGGACUUUAGCACACGCUGCUGGAACAAAGAUUCGCAAACCGCCCUUGACAGACCCCCUUGGCCAGCAAACAAUGCCAGCAAAGAUGACAGCAUGACACCAGGCUCGGGCCAACACGAUCCGGGCGAAAGCAAGAUAGCCGUGUUUUGUGCAAAUAUCGCCUGUUCUCAAGCCAAGAUGGCGCAUCUGUCUGAGAUAGAGGCAGCGCCUGCAACUGCGGCACUGCGUGGUGUCAGCAACGCUGAGAGAAGCAAGACUACGGCAGCAAGCGAACAAGAGAUGCUUCCGGAGCCCCAGAUUGGCGCAGGUACGGUUGGUCCAAUGAUCCCCUGGGACAGCACCACCAAAGGUGGAGGCUGGCUUCUUUGGCGGGAUAGGCGCAUCCGUGGAGGGACUUUCAGGCCGGAGGGCUUGACGGGCCAGUUCAGCAAAAUUGCUGCAGAGUUUCCUUACAAUCCAAAGAUGACAUGGGCAGAGCUAGAUGUGCUCAACGAACUCCUGCGGCGCUACUACAAGCACACUCUUCGUGCUGCUAGGCUACCUCCCAGCUUGUCACACCAUGCUGCCGCACAGCUGCCAGCAGAAAUACUGUCAGAGCGAGCUCCAGCCGCCAAAAUGGUGCACGGGGUCGAAAUUACAGAAACCCACAAAGUGUCAAGUCAACAUGUGGCCGCCGCAACGAAUUCUGUUCCAGUGCAGCACAGUUCCUCUUUGGCCUGCCCAGCCUCUACUUCAGCAGGACAGUCACCAAAGGCAGCCCCAUUGUCUGAUGGCCAUGCAUCUCAAACUACUGUAUCCGACAGAGAUCCCGCUACGCCGCCGGACAAUGAGCGUGUCCCGGAUAUGGACUUCCUUCGUAUGCAGCGCUUGGCGUUCUUCACAAAGCACAUAACCCCAGCCAGCAGCGCAGUCGAUACCAACGAUCUUUUCUUCUCGCGAGCGCAAGCGACCGGUUCGGUAGCAUCGAAACACGAGAUGGUCCAGACACCGAUCCCGCAUCAGCUUCCUGUCGAAACACCGCCGCCUCAAGAAAUGACGCUGACUGGACCAAUCUCUCGCAAGGCAGAUGGCGAGACUGGUGAAGAUGUGGAUCAGCCUUCUCAUCGAUCCAACACUGAUUUCUCUGAACUUUCGGUGGCAAUCAGUGACAGUCCGAUCAAAGACGAUACCGACCUUCGUGUUCCCAAAACCCUCUAUCCUGACAUCGGCGACGAUUUACGUCCGAGGGAUGAGAACCCUAACAUCAUGCCAAUACCUCGCAAGAUCGGCUUUCAGUUUGAUCCGCGGCAAAUGCAGGACCUCAGCGUUAUCUCGAAAGGUGGGAACGGUUGCGCCAGAGAGGGCGCUCAGUUUAUCCUCGAAGAGCAGGAGUACGAAUGGGGUGGAGGAGGCAUGAUGGGAUACAAGACAAGCACUGGUCCACAGAACGCCACCGCCACUUGCGGUCAUACUCCGUACGAGGCUGGCAAGGGAGAUGAAGAGGGUUUGCUCGAUGAGCUUCCGAGGCUUUGGGACGAAAGUUAG